AAAUUGAGAUAAACCAUAUAACCUUAAAAUUUCCAUAAAAUUUUUUAAAAUUAUAAUUUAUCAAUGGAAGAGUUGGAACCGUCUGAAUUAGGAAACCAAGAUUAUUGGGAAAAUCGGUAUGCUCAAGAAAUUAAAAAUUUUUCUAGUCAUGGUGAUCCAGGCGAAGUUUGGUUUGGGAGGAUACUGUAGAUAGGGUCAUUAGAUGGAUGGAUAAAAGUGAUCUAAUUGAGAAAGAUAGCAAAUUAGUUGAUUUGGGUUGUGGCAAUGGAAUGCUUUUGGUUGAAUUAGCGAAUGAAGGAUAUAAGAAUCUAACAGGAGUUGACUAUUCUAAAAAUGCUGUUGAACUGUCACAACAAAUUGCAAAUAAACAAAAUUUAAACAUAAAGUAUCUUACUUGUGACAUUUUAGAAGGUUUACCAGAAAACUACUACGUUAUUCACGAUAAGGGAACUUAUGAUGCUAUUAGUUUAAGUGAAAAUCCCAAAGAAAAUAGGUUAAAAUACAUUGAAAAUGUACACCGAAGUCUAAUGGAUGGAGGAGUUUUUAUUAUUACAUCUUGUAAUUGGACACAAAGUGAAUUAGAUGAACAAUUUAGUGAAAAGUUUAGUAGAUUUGCGAUUAUUCCCACUCCUCAAUUUCAAUUUGGAGGUAAAGUUGGAAAUGUUGUAACUUCCUGUGUAUUUAAAAAGAAAUAGGUAUAUUAUAAUGCUACAUUUUACUAUGCCUUUUAAUUUGUAAUGAAA